AUGCCUCCGGAAGGGAGAACAAGGACCUCAUCAAUCGUUUCAAAUUAUCUUCAUUUGGAUGCCGACAAAGUCCUCUCGGCCUAUGGGAAGUUUGGAAGAUACCAAAUGAUCACCUACCUCAUAACUAACAGUGUGCAUAUUCUCUUCGCUAUCAACAUGAUGGUGAUGCCGUUUAUCACAGAGGAUCCGAAAUUUGAAUGCGGUAUGCUCGUAGCUCCGAUCAUCACGCAACUUUCCGAUCUUUUCGGUCGCCGGCUCACUUUCCUCAUACCUCUCUACGUGGCCGUUACGUCAAAUCUGAUCUGCGCCAUUGCGCCCAACUACAUGAUUUUCCUCAUCUUCAGAUUUGUUGCUGGAGUGGCCACUACGGAUUACACAGUCGUAGAUAAGUGUACAGUGUUGUAUAACUACUCCGACACAAAUCACCAGUCACUGGCGUCCGAAUUCAACCUGGUCUGUGACAACUAUGAAUCAGUCGAACACGGUGCCUCGGUGUUUAUGCUCGGCGGUAUGCUCGUAGCUCCGAUCAUCACGCAACUUUCCGAUCUUUUCGGUCGCCGGCUCACUUUCCUCAUCCCUCUCUACGUGGCCGUUACCUCAAAUCUGAUCUGCGCCAUUGCGCCCAACUACAUGAUUUUCCUCAUCUUCAGAUUUGUUGCUGGCAGUGGGCCACGUACGCGUGGAGUUGUGGCAGCCACAGAAAACUUUUACAAGACAAGGUUAUGUUUUCGUCGUUACUCUUCGAGUAUUUCAGCGUUUCUCGUGAUCGCUGGGCUUUAUGUAUGGGAAAUCGUCGCUCUGGAGCUGGUCCGUUCGCCUGAUCCCGUUGGAUGGGACCACCAUCACUGGCGGUUUACUGCCGUUACAUCGCCGCUGGUGUACUGCGACUGUUUAUUUCAAACUGGCGAUGGCUGUAUUUCGCUGUUUCCGUUCCUGGACUCCUUACAAUACCCUACUACUGGUUUACGCCUGAGUCUAUUCACUUGGCUCAUAACGAACAGGAAAAACAAAGGCGUUUCUAAGUACAUUCGCACUUCAUCUCGUUUCAAUCGUGUCGAAAUUCCCCUGCAUGAAUGCAAAUCGACCAGCAAUCUGGCACCUGAAGGCAAGAAGCGGACAUUCUUUGACAUGUUCAAGAACCCUGGCCUAGUUGUACAUCUCAUCAUGAACUCGUACAUUCUGAUUGUGAUGAACGGUACAUACUGGGCCCUGUCGCUGUUCUCUACAGAGCUGAGCGAAGAUAAGAUGACUGGCUUCUUCCUCUCUGGACUCGUUGAGAUACCGGCAGGACUCAUUGCUAUUGCACUCCUUGUAAGUUUUAACGUAUAA